UUGAGCAAAUACAUGGCCCGCAUGCUUACAGUCUGUACAGAAAGGCACUUGAAGCUGGAAUUGAAGAGGACUCUUCAAUCAGAGUAAAUAUAGUUGGAAACUUCGGUCAGGGGAAAACAAGUCUGGUAAGAAGAUUAAUUAGAUCAGGAAUAGAGGGUAUAGAAAGUACAAAUGGUAUAGACAUUGUGCAUUAUAAAUGUAAACAGGAUGUUUCCGGAGGUAUAACGUACGAAGAGAGCCCCGAUUUCGAUCUAUCCGGUAUUGCAAAAAGAAUUAAAUCAGUGACCUUUGUAGAUCCAGUGGAAGAGAAAACAACGAUACCGACACGUAUUAUGCAUUUUUUGGGAAAUCUGUUUCAAAAGAAACAGAUUAAAGGGGCUGAAGCCGCUGAAAGAGCACCAGAGCAAUAUUUUGAAAAAACUUUUCAUUCUAAAAUACAUGUCUUAAAUGCAAAGGCUGCAGACGCUGAAAGAGAAUAUGGGAAGUACAAACCAAACGAAAUGUCACAAGAAGAGAGACAAGAGUUUGUUGCUGAGAUAAUAAAAUCAAACGAGUUGGGCAGCUCUGAUUGCAAUGACAAGGCAUUUGAUAUUUGGGAUUUUGGUGGACAGUAUGUAUUUUAUGCAACUCAUACGCUGUUCCAUAGCAGAAAGGCAAUUUACAUUCUCGUGUUCAAUUUAUCAUGCGGCUUGACUGAUAUCGUGCCAAAAGAUUCCGAGGAAAUAUGCAGCGUAAACAUGGGAGACCGAACAAUGGAAUACUACAUACAGUUUUGGGUUAACUCGAUACACUCUUUUGUUGGCAGCAAAGAUGGUUCAGAACCUAAAAUAAUACUUGUCGGAACACAUUUUGACAACCUGAAAGGAGACGAAAAAUCAAAGAAACGACAGGCAGACAAAUAUUUUGAUAAAGUCAGAGCAUUGUUCCAAGGAAAACAACAACAGAACCAUAUUGUACCAGAAGAUUUUGCGGUCGAUAAUAGAAAUGAUCAAGAAGGAACAUUUGACAAUUUGCGAGAACAAAUACUUCGUCAUGGGAAAGAAUAUGCCAUUUCGACCAAAAUCCCUGCUAAAUGGAUACAGCUUGAAAAAUCUUUAUUCAACUGCAAGCAAAACAAGAUAGUAGACAUUGCUCAGAUUAUUAAUAUUGAUUCGACCAAUGACUACCCGCUGGGGACUACUGAACAAAUCAAACUAUUUCUGAAACACAAACAUGAUCAGGGGACACUGUUCUAUUUUGAUGAGGAACCAAUAUCAAACUUUGUUGUUCUGGAUCCACAGUUUCUAGUCGAUGCCUUUAAAUGUAUUAUAACUGCGGACAGAUUUAUCAGAAAUUUACCUGAGAUAACCGAGUUUUGGAUGGCGUUGAAAACAGAAGGAAAAUUAGAAAUGCCGUUGAUAGACAAACUGUGGGGUAAUGAAGCAGAUAAAAAAUUUAUGACUCAUAAGGAAACAAUACUUUGGUUUCUUCAGAAACAUCGCAUCAUAUCGGAAGCCAUGAGAUUCGAUGAAACGGAGCAGAUACCUGUUGGGCUUGGCUGGUAUGUUGUUCCAAGUUUAUUGAAAGAUCACAGUCAAGUUGCAGAGAUGAAAGACUUUCUAACAGGAAAGAAACAAACACAGAUCAAGUUUGUUAUUACAUUUGAUAAUUCAUCUAUUGUACCCACGAUUUAUCAUCGACUGACAGCAGCAAUUCUUGGAAAGUGGUCGAUACAAAUAUUUAGAAAAGGGAAGCUACUUUUCGAAAAUAUGUCCGUAGUCAGACUGGAUGUUCACCAUGUAGGGAUUACUGAAAUGAAUGACAGGCAUAUACAGUUAGCUGUGCUUAAUCUGUGCCCAUCAUGUGAUGUUAAUAAGGUGCUUCCAGAUGCCUUUAGACGUUUUGUAGAAGCAGUCAUAAUGUAUGAAUUCCGAAAAUACCAGGUAGCCGAGGAGCAAAAUUAUAUGCCAUAUGAACGUGGAUUUUCAUGUAAUCAUGAGAUUCACAAUGUUGCCUGCAACCAAACAGUUGUUCCGUAUAAUCAACUUGACCACCCGAUUGUGCCAUGUCCUGAGGCCGAGUCACAUGAUAUUGAUGCUGCAGUCGCUAAAGCUGAAUGGUAUCAGGGCGAUGAAAUGCCAAAAUUUAUUUCGGAAGAAACAUUGUCCGAUAAAUCAUUGAGUAGACUUUCACAGGCCAUCGGUCAAAACUGGCAGUUACUUGGUCCUAAACUUGGACUGAAAAAGGUAAAGAUAGAUCACAUCAUUGAAGAAAACCCACGUAGCACAAGUAUGAAAAUAUACACAAUGCUUCUGAAAUGGCGUGACAAUUCACCUGACAAAGCAUCCCUGAACGAGAUAGCAAAUAUAUUGCAGAAAUGUCCAACUAUUAAUGUUGACUGGGAUGAGAUGAGAAACAUUGCAGAAGAACUGAACUUGCAUGAACAAUUGAAACCAGCAAAAUGA